GUGAAUUAGUUCAUAGAAGAUAGAUGAAGGGGUCGAAUCGAUCUUGUACCAGUGUAUUUUUAGCCUAACAUUAUUUUAGCGUGACGUCAUGUUUUGGCUGUUACACCUGUUGCUGCUAGGCAGAUCACUUAGUGCCGACCUAGGUGACGCUGGGUUGCUGUCCACAGAGCAGGUUGGACAGUACUACCAUCAGCGCGUGGGCAUACCGAUGGCGGAGGCGAUGCGUAAUGCUGAAUUCGCUGGCAGAAAUAACACAAAUAGAAUAACGAAUGGUUCCCGCACACCGCUCGGAGCAUUCCCCUUUGUGGGUGGUCUACUGAUCCAACUUGAAUCAGGCCCUACGUCGAUGUGCACUUGUUCAUUAUUGAGUUCGACGCGUGCGGUGACCGCGGCGCAUUGCGUGUGGGAUGGCCAGGACCGCGGGCGCACAUUCACCGCGGUAUUCGGUUCCACCAAGAUAUUCCGUGGCGGCACCAGAGUCACCACUAAUGAGGCGCUCCGACACAAGGAUUACAAUAGGCGCACGUUGAUCAACGAUAUUGCCCUGCUAAUGCUUCCCACUGUGACUUUCAGUGCUAACGUGGCCCCCGUCAGAUUGCCUUCCGGGGCGCUACUUAAGCGCGACAUGGCGGGGCGCGCCGCGCAGGCCAUUGGCUUUGGACUCACCAAGGACGGCGGUCGCGUGACAAACGACCAGUUCCUGAACCACGUGACCUUGAAGGUGAUCAGCAACGAGGUGUGCGGACGAACUUUCUACAUCAAGAAUUCCCAAAUGUGCACAAGCGGCGCAGGGGGCAAGAGCAUCUGCUUCGGGGAUUCCGGGGGACCACUCGUCAUCACACAUGAGAAAAAGCAUGUCCUGGUGGGCGUGUCCUCUUUUAUAUCUGGUCGCGGCUGUCAGGAUGGACUGCCGGCGGGCUUCACGCGUGUCACCACCUUCAUCCCCUGGAUACAGUCGCACAUGUAGUAGCCCUACUGGUACUACAACUUUAUUAUAUCUGACUUUUAUCUAUUUACCUAUUGCAUGUUUUGUAAAAUAACUUUUUAAAUUGUCACUUUGAUAUUACUUUAGGGUUGCCAUUUGUAAUAUUUCUAAGGACACAUUUAAAUAGUAAAGGU